ACGGGCGGGGCCGCGCCGCAGCCGUCGUUCCGUGCGGGGCCGCGCGGGGCGCGCCGGGAGCCGUAGUUCGUCGGCGGUCAUUGCGCUGCCGCCCCGCCGGGACUGUGAGCCAUGGAGAGCGGCUUCGGCUCCGACUUCGGUUCCGAUUUCGGCUCCGGUGCCGGCGGGGGGGGCAAGCUGGACCCGGGGCUCAUCAUGGAGCAGGUGAAGGUGCAGAUCGCCGUGGCCAACGCGCAGGAGCUGCUGCAGCGUAUGACGGAUAAAUGCUUUCGGAAGUGCAUCGGGAAGCCCGGCGGAGCGCUGGACAACUCGGAGCAGAAGUGCAUCGCCAUGUGCAUGGACCGCUAUAUGGACGCCUGGAACGCGGUUUCUCGCGCCUACAAUUCUCGGCUGCAGCGGGAGAGAGCCAACAUGUGACGCGGGACGGAGCGCGGAGGCGGCUGCAAUAAACCCUCACUGAACCCUG